AUGCCCCUUCUCAACCCUCAACCCCGGAUUCUCAUAGCCGGAGCUGGAAUAGGCGGUCUCAGUACUGCACUGUCACUCCACGCUGCUGGCCUCACAGACAUUCACAUAUUCGAGGCAAGCUCACAGCUGACCACGCUUGGCGUUGGAAUCAACGUUCAGCCAUCAGCAGUAUUGAUUCUUAGGAACUUAGGCUUACUACCAAAGCUUCAUGAAAUCGGUGUUGAGACUCAGGAGCUCAACUUUUACAGCCGUCAGGGCAACCCAAUUCUGUCAGAGCCGAGGGGUGUAGGUGCAGGAUAUGCGAUUCCACAAUUCUCGAUUCACAGAGGAGAAUUCCAGAUGCUACUACUGGAUGCGGUGAAAGAACGCGUUGGCAGCGAUUGUAUCCAUCUCGGCCACGCUCUUGUCGGCUACGAGCAAGAUAACAAGUCUAUCACGGCCAAUUUUGUCCGACGCGGAAAUGACGAUCCAGCCGAGAUCCCAAGCAUGACAGGUGAUGUCCUGAUAGCAGCAGAUGGUAUCAAUAGCACAGCAAGACGCCUGCUGUAUCCCAACGAGGGACCACCACAUUUCUCCGGGCGCAUCCUCUGGCGCGGCUGUAUCGAGCGUGAGCCCUAUUUGACUGGAGCCUCGAUGAUCUGGGCAGGACAUGCCAAUCAGAAGUUUAUCGCAUACCCUAUUAGUGGCAGGUCAGCUCGCGCAGGCAAGUCGUUGGUGAACUGGAUAGCUGAGCUUCGAGUCCGUGAUGAAAGCAAUCCGGAUGUGACUCCGCCACCAACAGAUUGGACGAAGGCGGUUCCAAAAGACAAAUUUGAGGGCCCUUUCUCACAAUGGCAAUGUGGAGGGCUUCAGAUGAAGGAACUCAUAGACAGCACAGAGAAAGUGUUUGAGUUUCCUAUGUGCGAUCGUGAUCCGGUCGAUAGAUGGUCCUUUGGCAGACUCACGCUGUUGGGAGACGCUGCUCAUGCAAUGUACCCCAUCGGAUCCAAUGGGGCGACACAAGCUAUUAUCGAUGCAGAGACCUUGGCUAAAUGCCUGGUCGAGAAGCAUGAUGACUUGCCUGGUGCUCUUACCGCGUAUCAGGACUUGAGAUUGCCUCCGACGGCUCAGAUCGUCAUGGCAAACCGAGCUAAUGGACCUGAUCAUGUGCUACAGCUUGCCCACGAGCGAGCACCUGACGGUUUCAAAAACGUCUACGAUAUUAUCCCGAAAGAGGAACUAGAGAGCAUCGGUGCGACAUAUAAGGCCAUUGCAGGCUUCGAAAAGGAUGCCGUCAACCAGAAAGCAAAGGAUACAGAGCAAUUGGCCGCCAGAUUCGACAAACAACCGACAAAACUGAUUUCAUAA